AUGAAGACAACGCUCGACUUCACGGGACGAAACAUCGCUAUUACCGGCGGCUGCUCUGGUAUAGGAUUUGCGCUGGCACAGACGCUGAUUGCGCUCGGUGCUACAGUCUACAUUGCGGAUAUCGUCAAGAAUCCUCCGGCUGAGCUAGUAGACCAUGAUAGAAUACACAUCACAUAUGGGUGUGAUAUAACGAAAAGAGACGCAUGUAAAUCGUUCAUUGAUUCCAUCCCGGGCCGCCUUGACGGUCUUGUCAAUUGCGCCGGGACGUCGACAUGGGAGGGUAAGAUCGGCUCCGACGAGGUGUACCAACGGACCAUGGACAUCAACGUCAACGGAACUUGGAACAUGGGAACCGAAGCCAUGAGAAGGAUGUCUGGGCAGGAGGAUGUUGAAUCACCAGGCGCGAUACCAGGCGUUGUGCGCAACGUUGGUCAGGGUGCGAUCGUCAAUGUGGGCAGUGGUGCGUCGCUGCGCGGGGUAUCCGGAUUGGCUGCGUACAGCGCCUCGAAGCAUGCCAUCUUAGGGCUGACACGAUCCUGGGCGAGGGACUUCCCAAAACUGAGGGUCAAUGCUGUAGCUCCAGGUGCGACGGAUACGCCGCUUGCUGAAGCCACGGUGGCUGCGGCGCCAACGGGUGAUACCAAUGUGAUCAUCGGCAAAGCGCAAAUAGCAUCGAUACCCAAGGGUAGAAUGGCCUAUGCGACAGAUAUCGCAGAUGCGGUCGUAUUCCUACUUUCCGACUGGUCGAGUUUUAUCACGGGGCAAUGUUUACCUGUGAAUGGGGGAAAUUUUUGAAGAGAGUUCGUUUGAAAAGGUUUAUUGAGCGUCUGCAUAAUGACAUGAUACUACACUUUCGGCAAACUAGAAAUUUUUAAAGCAUCU